UAAUUCUAUUUUAUUCUUUUGAAUUCAUAUUUCUUAGGGUUGUGCUUUCUCAAGAGAGAGAUAGAAGGAAAUAAAAAAAUGAUUGUAUGAUCAUCACAUUGGGUUGAGAGUGUCAUGUCACAACUCACUCCAACCGUGUUCAAUGCCACCAUAGGAGGCUUAGCUAUUGGCUUAUCUAUUGCGGUAAAUGCCAUAUUAUUAGGUCGUAUUACCUGUAUCAGUGGAAUACUUGGAGGUCUGUUGUCUUUUGACCAGAGUUGGUUUUGGAGGGUUGCUUUUCACUUGGGUAUGGCAAUGGGAGCCUUUAUGUUGAAGAAAAACUUUCCAAAUAUAUUUGUGGAAACUUUGGCUCAAGUGUUUAGUUGGAAAUUUGCUAUUGCUGGUUUCCUUUUGAGCUUUGGAACUUGCUUAGGAGAUGGUGGUUUCAGUGGUCAUGCACUAUGUGGUGUACCUCGUCAAUCUACUCGUUCGAUAGUCAGCGUGGCUAUCUUUUCUUCCACUGCUUUUGUUGUAUACUGGCUGACGGGUGGUUUUAUGGGGGUUCACUCGAGAACAGUUUCGUUGGAAGAUAUUUUUAUGCUUCAAGUGGAACCUUUAAAACAGUUCUUUAAUGGCAUCAAACCUGUAUUUAUUGGAUUGGUUGGUGUGAUAUUUGUUUCAGUGAAGGGGUUGAACAGAAGCAUUCCGAGUUUAAACGUGUUCCUACCUCUUCUUGUAGGAGCUUAUGCUGGCUAUUUAUUUUCCAUGGGAAUAGGUUUAUCGGGUAUGUUGAUACCUUUCAAGUGGUUUGGUUUAUGGAACACCACUGCUUGGGAUCCAACUCUUUUAUUUGCCUUUUUUCCAGCACUAUUGUUAUCUUACAGUUGUUUCUAUUUGUUAAGAACGGAAAAUAAUCGUCCCAUACUUUAUUCCCAUCACUAUCUGCCUACCAUAAAACCAGUAGAUGGACAACUUGUUAUAGGUGCUAUCCUCUUUGGUUUAGGAUUAGGGUGGUUAGGAAUGACACCUGAAACACUGUUGUUACAGUUUUUGGGUAAUCCAAGAGAUGAGAGUAUUCGAACAACUUUUAUCGGUAUGAUGGUUGGACUGUUGUUAUUUUCAGUGUACCAAAAAUGGUUGUUUCAAGUGAGGAGGAAAGUAACCACAAAGAAUAAUCCCACGAGGAGAAGAGAAUAGAUAACCUUUGUCAUCCUUGUUGGAAGAAAUUUUCUAAACAUAUAAAAAAACAUUUUCUUGA